GAGACUUCCGGGAGGCACAUUUUGCUCAGACGUUAACUUGAAACAACUGGCGAGAUCUCCGCGAGCCCUGUAUUAUCAUUUGAACGCGCUCGUAGUUAUUCGGGUACAAAAAGAGCCGCGUUCGAGGGAUAAUAUUUAGUUCCCGUUUUGUCUGCAGUACGUGUCAAUAGGCAUGGCUGUGUGGAAAGUAAGCAUGUAACGUAAGGAGCUCCCGGAGUGCAACCCUUCUCCACCUGCAGCCUUCAGAAAUUUGCAGACGGAAGCAGAGGUAGCCGCAACAGCAGAAGCAUGGACGCGGUCCUGACCAGGUUGAAAGGUCUCACUGCUGACGAGCUGAGGGAGGAGAUCAUUAAAGCCAACUUGAAAUGCGGCCCCAUCACCGCCACGACAAGAGCCAUAUUUGAGCGUAAGCUCGCCAGGGCUCUUGUGGAGAACGCCGGACUCACCGAGCCCGACGGCGGCAGCGGCGGUGGUAACGGGACGUCACUGGACGGCUCUGGGAGUGUAGCGGCGCCCUGUGCCAAAUCGGCGUCCCAGGAUUCGGUCGCAGGCGAGGAUGGGGAUUUUGGGUAUGGCAUGGGCCUCAACCCACCUGAGGAGGAGGCUCUGAGUGGGACGGGGUGUUCUUGUAAUGUGGAGAAUUCACAGUCAGAGACGCAGACUCCCUCGAAAACCGCUCAGGUGUCGCCCACCUUCUUCUACGGAGUGUGUCCGCUGUGGGAGGAUGUGCUGGCCAGGAACGAGAGAGCCCAUGUGUACACGGAUAAGAAAGAGGCUUUGCAAGCUGUUAAAAUGAUGAAGGGGGCUCGCUUUAAAGCUUUCGCCAAUCGCGAGGAUGCUGAGAAGUUUGCCAAAGGCAUAUGCGACUACUACCCUUCGCCUAGCAAAAGCACUCCCUGCGUUUCUCCUGGCAAACCUGGCUUGGUGUUUUGCAAAGACCACUCGUCUAUGACGGAGGCAGACACAAUCAACAGGGAGAAGGCCAACAGUUUUAAGAGUCCUCGGACGCAAGAUUUGUCGGCCAAGCUGAGGAAGGCUGUGGAGAAGGGAGAUGAGAUGGCCUUCACCGAGCUGGUUUGGAGCAACCCUCGUUACCUCAUCGGGUCAGGGGACAACCCUACUGUAGUCCAGGAGGGCUGCAGAUAUAAUGUUAUGCAUGUGGCUGCAAAGGAGAACCAGCCAGGCAUCGUUCAGAUCCUGCUGGACACUCUGGAGAACCCAGAUUUCAUGCGGCUCAUGUAUCCAGAUGACCAGGAGAGCAUGCUGCAGAAACGCAUCCGAUAUAUCGUCGACCUGUACCUUAACACGCCAGAUAAAGCUGGAUUUGAGACGCCACUCCACUUUGCUUGCAAGUUCGGCUGUCCAGAGGUGGUGAACAUACUCUGUUCUCAUCCGGAUAUCGACAAGAAAUGCAAGAACAAGUACAGCCAGAAGCCCUGCGAGGUCACUUGCGAAAGAAUGAAAGAAAAGGGUAAAAUUCAGGAGGUCAAACAGAAGAUAAAUGAAUAUUUGGAAGAUCGAUUAUACAUCCCCUUAUUGAGAGCUACUGAUAACUCCUCCCAGCCUGUGAUCGGUGCACCUUGGUCCCCUGAGCCAAUGGAAAAUCUGUCACCGCGGUUACCAAGAAGCCCGAAGGAUCCAGUUAUGGCGGUCAGGGCCUUUGCUGGACCUUUAAGUCCAUCUAAAGCAGAUGAGUUCAGACGAGCGUGGAAGACUCCUCCCAGAGAACGGGCAGACCGUUUCCACAACAUCCUAAAGUCUGACCCAGACCGUGGAGCAGAAAGAGUUGGCAGGGAUCUGGCCCACGAGCUCGGUCACCCCUGGGCGGAGUACUGGGAUUUCCUGGACAGUUUUGUAGACCUGCAGUCCAGCGAUGGCCUGAAAAUGCUUGAAGAAUACCUCAGUAAAAAGGACUUCAGGGAGCGAGCUCAUGAGGAGGCCGGAGAGAACGAAACCAGCAACAAGUUUAAAACCCCAUCUCCAGGAAAACUGAAGAAGUUCUGUAACUCCAUUUCUGUGGGGGCAUUUUUGGACGAGGGCGACGAUAUCAGCCUGGAGGAGAUCAAAAACAGGCAGAACGCCGCCCUCACCAGCAUUUCUUCGGUGUGCUCCAAAGACGGCCUGCAAGGGGCGGUAGGGGGGCUUGAGUUUCACAUCCUCCCGGUUUCCCACAGCGCUGACCUCAUCGAGGUGGCGGCGGAGCAGGAUCUGCUGCUCUCCAGCAGUAAAAACGGCCUGUGCGAGCAGGGCCCUGGGGACAGGACUCCAAACGGGGACAAAAUGUCCCCUCGCAUUUGCAGUUCAUCAAAUUCCUGCAUUCUGUCGCCGAUCUCAAACCUCAUGGCUGAGUUUGAGAGGAUGUCUCUGCUGGACGAGCCAGAUCGGACGAACAGGGAGAGAAGAAGAAGCGGAGGGAAACGUCACCGAGACCCCCCGGCCGCCGAGCUCACCUCCGGACUGGGCCGUCUCUCUUUAUCCUCGGAAGACGACUUGGUGUUUGAUAAAGACAGGACGUCUGCGUUAAGGGCAGUGGAGAAUGAUGGAUCGGAGAGAAGAAACGAAAUCGACGCGAGGUCCAGUGCAAGUUCGGAUGAAUACUUUCUGGCCAGCGAGAGGUUGGAACCUGCGAACCAACGGACUAUAGAGACUCCAGGAGGCGAGCGUGCAAUCUGCGCUAGGUCAAAGUCCUGGGAUCACGGGGGAAGAGAUCUCAGCUCCUCAGGGUCUUCCGGCUCCUACAGAUCACUUGACGGUUCUCAGGACUUUAUACUGCGCACUCCUCCCAGAGCGACGAAAAGACUCUUCAUCGAAGGGGAUUCGCCCACCAAGUUGGACCGAGAGGUUCUGUCAGCUUUAGGAGGCGCAGACAUUGACUCUCUGAAGUAUCCUGGCAUUCACAAAUGGAAGAGCACAAUUCAGGCAUACUCCCACUUAGAAAUGCAAAGCUGGCAGACUCCUGCGGUGUACAAGAGCCAUUUGAGGGCUCACGCAGCCACCCCCGGCUCUCCAGCGGGCGGCUUGAUGUCCCCGGCGGGUCGCUUCAGCCCAGCCCGCCACAUGAGCUCACCGGACGUCUGCAGCCCCGGGCGCUACAGCCCAGCACACUCCAACUACAGUCCCGUGAGCUACAUCCAGCGCAUCCGACUCAAACAUUUCGGCGACGCUCCCAUUUAACGAACGCUCUCCAUCCCGUACGGCCCAACGAUCAGCGUUUUGUAAUGCCAAACGGCGCGGGAUGAAACGUCACUGAGGAGAACGGCGUCACAGCGGAAAGCCGCAAAAUGCUCAAAUUGGACUCCCAGUGCCGUGCAAACCACCGCAGAUAGGAUCUCGCAACCGGCCGUCCUUCAGUUUCUAUGCUCCUAGGUUCGUAGAACUCAAGCUCAAACGAUAUGCACAUCUCCCGAAGGGUUCCCGAAUCAUGAUCUAUAAUAUUCGGUACUUCUGUGUGUGUGACACCCGGUGUGCUCUGUGAUUGGUCGUAUAGACUUUUUCUAUCCUGUUUUGUUUUCUUUCUUAUCUUGUGUGUGUGUGUGUGUGUGUGUGUGUGUGUGUGUGUGUGUGCUUGAGAGAUGUAUCUGUAAACUUUCCCACUUAUCAGUAAUUUAAAUUGGGGGAUGAAAAAAAUGUCAACGUAUAAACCCAGAGCUAAAUUAAAAUAACAUAGUAGUAAAUUAUUUAAUUAUUUUUGCUAGUUAAGUAGCACAAAAUGCUCAUUUUAAUGGGUAUUUAAUGGUUUUUAAGGUUAAAAAAAAAGAAAAAUAUCAGCUGACUGCCAGGAGUUAUUUUUAUUCCUUAAUUGGAGAACUGCCUUAAAUUUCUAAAAGAAAAGACCAACUUCUGAAACUCAAAAGCAGGCGUUGAUACUUGCUAAUAGCAGCCUUAGGAGGGGAGGUCUAUAACGUGCGAAUAUUUCCCUUUUUUUAAGUUUAAUAAAUGUGAUUUAUCAUUUCUAAGUAUGCAUUUGUUUGCACUUUUAAUUCUCGAUGGAGUUUGACAGAGUUGUGAGAUGUGAACCUGCGCCGCUUGAGCUAACGGAUACGGAUGGCGAGUCGCAUUUAACGUCAUGAAGACUUAAAGAUUGUGGAUCCGGAGUGUUGUAAGUGCACUUUAAAUGUGUUCGAAAAAAAAUCGUUGUUCCUCAUCCCCAUCGCAACCGGCCGAUAUUUUAGCCUCGCCUCUAGAUCACGUCAAAGCCGUUCUCUCGCUGGCUUUUGAAAGGAAACGAGCCCAUUGGUUUUUUUUUUGGGGAAGCGCAGCUACAAGACCACAAGCAGAAAAGCUCCAGGUAGCCGAGUUCCUACGUGAUGAAUUUCUCAAGGAAUCGGGGUCCAGAGCAUCCUCUGAGGUGCUUUCAGAUCGCGUGAUCUAUUUCUUCGGUGCCCAUCGUUCUCAGUGUAGUGCUGGCCUGUUGAUCUUUGCUUCGUAAAGCUUUAGUGCCUUUGAUUAUGAUCUGUUCGGAAGGGCCCGCGGCUCCUCGGUGCACUGACCACAUACAAGCUGAAUAGACCUUUUUUUUUUUUCUGUACCCAAGGAUCAAACAGUACAGUAGCAUUGGCAUAUGCAGUGUCUGAAUACCUCUUAAAUACGAUUGUAAGAGAAGGGAAAAAAAAAAAAGGUUUACAGUUUAGUUCUCGCUAGUGUUGUAUCAAUGCCAGCCUUACUUUUUGUUAAAUGAAGCUUUGUAGUGCCAACACUGGUGAAUUGAAAAAUGAGUUGCAGUUUGUUGUUGAGAAUUGAAUUAUUUUUGUUGUCCUGGCCUUUACGUUGCAUGCAUUUCUAGUCCUAUUUUAUUACAUUAUACAUUAAAAAAAAAAAGAGAAUUUGAUGUUCUAUUGACGAACGAUAAAUAAAGUGCACAGUCUUGUA